UACUAGAUUACAAUUAACCGUGAUCAAAGCUCUAAAAACACUUAGUUUAUGCAUUUAGCCAAGUUGAAUAUAUUUGAUGAGGGUUUCUAGAUUCAAAUCAAAAUCUAAUAUUAAAAUGUUUUAGCGAAGUAUGGGCAGUAUAUAUCAAAUUUGAUGAAACUCGGUGCAAAAGUUAUUGAUUAUAUGACAGUAUCUUUAAUGAAUUGCAAAACUUUACAGUACUGUAUUCAUUAGUUCUGACAAGUCACCAUUGUCAAACAAAGAAUUAUUUAUAAGCGUAAAAUCAUGGAUACAAGAAACAAAAUACAACUUUGUAAACAGUACCUGUAACUAUUUUACAGAGAAACUGGAGAGCCGAUUUUAACCAAUAGGUCGGAUGUGUUACUAAGGAACUUGGCAUGUACCGGGACAGAAAAUGAUAUCUCUGAAUGUGGACCUAGCUAUUCUUGGGGUUACUCUACAGGAUCGUGUAAUGGAGUUGACCAAAGAAAAGCAACUGUGAAAUGCUCAAAUGACAGGGUUCGUUUAGUUGGUGGAGUAAACGAUUAUAUUGGAAGAGUUGAAUUCCACUUCAUAGGAAUUUGGGGUACAGUAUGCGAUGCAUUUUUUGAUGCUAAUGAUACUAAAGUGGUGUGCCGACAGAUAGGCUUUGAAGAGAGAAAUGCAACAAUAUACAACAACUCCCAAUUUGGCCUACUGAACAGUACACUGAUGGUAGAUGAUUUACAAUGUACAGGCGACGAAAAUAAUAUUGAUGAAUGUGGUUCUUACCCUUGGAAAGUUAACAGCUAUAGCUCAUGCUUUUCUUAUCACAGAAAUGUUGGUGUCAAUUGUAGACCAAACACUCCAAUAAGACUGGUAAACGGCACUGGAAAAUACAACGGUCGUCUUGAAGUUAUGUACAGGGGAAAGUAUGGGACUGUGUGUGACCGGGACUUUGAUCUGACGGAUGCCCAAGUAAUUUGCAGGACUUUGGGUUACAAUACAAUGAGUGUUGGUUUCAAGAACCAGGCAUUCUAUGGAAAAGGUUCAGGAGAAAUUGUUAUAUCAAAUCUUCAGUGCAGUGGUACGGAACCUGACAUCUCAAACUGCAACACACCUUAUCGGUGGGCAUCUCCACAUGCAUUUUGCAAGCAUGACGAUGACGUUUCUGUACAAUGUGACACACCCAUACGUCUGCGCGGUGGAUGGACAGCUUAUGAUGGACUAGUUGAAGUUUAUAUAAAUGGUUCCUGGAAAGCGGUUUGUCGUAAUGGAUUUACCCAAGAAGACGCAACAGCUAUUUGCAGUAUUACUGAGUCAAGAAAAGAUUAUGACAGCCGCAGGAAGAUAUCAAUCCAUGAAGGAAGGUUCUAUGGUCUAGAUAGCAACUUAGCUUCUCUGAGUUCUCUAGGAUGUAAUGGAAAAGAAAAUGACUUAUUUGCGUGUGGUUCUGCGGAGUGGACGAAAGCCGUCAAAUCUUGCAAUACACAAGACAACGUUGCUGUCAACUGCCGUAAUAUGAAAUACUAUUUUCAACAGAUACCUUUGUAG